AUGAGACACGCGAAUGAUUCCUGCUACCGAGAUAAAGUAAGUAUAUAUACUCAACCGCUAACCUACUGGAGCACAGUUCUUCAUCGAACGUUCAGAAGAUCUAUUGCUCUUAUUCCUUCGAGUUAUCAACUCAAAACUCAAGAUGUUGGUUGGAUCAACAAGCCGUGUUGUCGCUGGCAGGAAGGCCGUCCAGACAGUCUACUGGAGGACCUCCCAGAAGAACGGUGACAACAAGAUGAUCAAGAUCGGCAAGACCAUGGUUUACGGCAAGAGUGAACCCAAUCCCAACAUGGCACCUGUAACCACUCCAAUCAGGACUUCCAUCU